GAGUUCUGGCCGAACAGAAAAAAAUGAGGAGGAGACAUCUGUUUCCGUCUUUGGAGGUGUCAUUGCUUUGUUCUCACAACGCGUACACGUACGCCUGUGUUUCACAGCUUUGCUGUGUUCUCAUCGGAGGCAGCAUCGACGACCAUGACACUCGAUCGUCGACGGCCGCUGGAUCCCUCCGCUACCGUACUGCAAUAAGACGCUAUCAUCACCAUGGCUUCCUCCAUCUUGAUGCGACGGGCUCUCUCGAGACUGGCUACACGUUCCAAUGUCGUUGCUACUACUAGUAGGCGACCAACCAUGGUGGCUUUCUUCUCGGCGCAAGCAGAGACACCGACACCUGGCGUUGGCAAGUACAAGACGUCGACCGGCCUGGUCGGUCUAGCGGUGGAACCGGAUUGGUACAAUGUCUUGAUAGAGAAGCACCAGUCCCUCUUGGACAAGAUGGAAGCCAGUGAGAUGCCCGAGACGGCACAGUAUCGGAUUGAUGUCACCAAAUGGUGCAACUUUACCCUCAAGGCCGUCAAGUCCAACCCCGAAAACCCAGAAGCCAUCGAAGACAUUUGCAACAUGGGUCAGGUAGAGGAAAUGAUUGAGCAAGCCGACGAUGAAAUGGCUGUCUUGGACAUGUAUCUGGAAGAUCGAAUUUGGGAACUGGUCGAACAGGCCAAUCCAACGGUGGACUACAAUCCGGAUCCCACCGUAGACCCAAUGGGUGCAGAUGGAGAUCCCGAUGUUGCGGAUGCCAUUCGUGAGGGUGUCGAAGGACUCUCCAAAGAAUAAACCAGAUAUUUAGCUACAUUUCGUCCCGUGAUGACACUCAAAAGGCACCGUUGCCUGGGUAGCAAUCAAUCAGUACUAUGCAGUGACUUAAACUCAAAAUACAUAUUUGUUUUC